AUGGCCGCCCAUAUGAAGCUCCAACCAUUCCCUAUCAUUCUACUCCUCCUCGUCUCCUUCACAGUACAGGCUUUUUCCGAAUCGGAAUCCAAAGCGCCGCCGCAAUGUCAAUCAGAGUCAGUUGGAGGAUGCCACGACAAGGCCGAGGCUCUAAAACUAAAAAUCAUCGCCAUAUUUUCCAUACUAGUCACUAGCAUGAUCGGCGUUUGCCUGCCACUAUUUUCGCGUUCUAUUCCGGCUCUUCAACCCGACCGGGAUCUAUUCGUGCUGGUUAAAGCAUUCGCUUCUGGCGUCAUACUCGCGACCGGGUACAUGCACGUGUUGCCGGAUUCUUUCGACGACUUGAGAUCGGAGUGCUUGCCAGAAACGCCUUGGAGAAAGUUCCCGUUCUCGACUUUCGUGGCAAUGCUAGCGGCUGUGUUGACUCUUAUGGUGGAUUCAGUUGCACUGAGCUACUACAAGAAACGUUAUGCUAAAGCUGCUAUUGCAGCUGGCGAGAAAGCGAAAAAUGGGACCGUGGAGUUGGGAACUGUUGGGCACGGUCACGUUAUGAGUGAGGAGGUGCUCACCGAAAAGGGCACAGCGUUGCUGCGUUAUCGUGUUGUAGCUCAGGUACUAGAACUGGGGAUUGUAGUGCACUCUGUAGUGAUUGGUUUGUCAAUGGGGGCAUCCGGCAAUCCAUGCACAAUCAGACCGCUCGUUGUUGCCAUCUGCUUCCAUCAACUCUUCGAAGGAAUGGGUCUAGGCGGAUGCAUACUACAGGCUGAAUAUGGAACGAGGAUGAAGGCAAUUCUGGUGUUCUUCUUCUCGAUCACAACUCCAUUUGGGAUCGCGCUUGGGAUUGCUUUGUCAAAUGUAUACACCGAAAACAGUCCAUCUGCUCUAAUCGUGGAGGGAGUGCUAAACGCUGCGUCUGCGGGGCUUCUGAAUUAUAUGGCAUUGGUGGACCUCUUGGCAGCUGACUUUAUGGGACCAAAGCUCCAAGGAAGUUUGAAGCUCCAAAUGUGGGCAUGUUCUGCAGUAUUACUAGGCGCUGGAGGCAUGUCCUUGAUGGCAAAAUGGGCAUAA